AUGUCGCAGUGUAAAAUCGCCAUUUUAUUUCUGACAUAUCUCGCCAAUGUUGGAGCACGUCGCUUAGCUUCACCCAAACAAUGGCUAAACCAGGAGUUUCAAGUCAAACCCCACACUUACCGGAAUGAGGGAAAACAUGUUGCAGACAUAUCCCCUUUUGUCAGCAAGCUGAGUCAUACAGUUGAUUAUCAAAAGGAUUCAACCAAAUUCAUGCUGCGAUUGUUUAAUAUUCUUCAAAAGGGGGCACCACUUGCAACAGCAGCAGGCAGAAAGCUCAAAACAGCUGAUUUUAUGAAAGUCGACACUAUCAGGAGCUUCGCAGCUAAAGACAUGAGUAAAAUCAAUGAAAGCAGCAGAGUUGGCCUUUCGUUCAAGAUACCUAGUCUGCCUAAGGACGAGAGUCUCCGAUUAGCUGAGUUCCGGUGCCCACGCGCUCUCUCCCUUCUAAAGAAGUACAAGGUCAAGGUCAGCAUUUUCAAGGGAAAGAAGAUCGCAAGAAAAGUUACCAUCAGAGUCCAACCUACUACACACCGUGAAGAUUUUGUUUUUGACAUCAGUCGAGCCAUCACUGCCUGGGUCAACGGUUACCACGGUGACGUCACCAUUCAUGUGGAAAUGCCGCGGACUUUCUUCCGACUUCUUUCGAAAACAACAUCCGAUGCCUAUGAAAACUUACUUGUUUUGUAUUUGGAAAAUCAGGACUUUCUUCAAAACGUUUUGUUUAAAGAGCAGUCUACAUACGAUGGAUUGAUGAAUAGCGCAUCGCGUGGUAAGAGAUCUGCACCUGACAUAAUCAGACGUCGUCGACGCAAGAACAGAAGAUGGAAUAAGGCAGGAAAGAAACAAGGCUGUCGUCUGUACGAUUUUGACGUGGACUUCAACACAAUCGGCUGGGGACAGUGGAUCAUCCACCCUACACGCUUCAACUCCAAAUUCUGUCACGGAAACUGUCCCUCCCCGAUCGACGUCCGCCUCAAACCCACCAACCACGCCAUGUUGCAGUCACUCAUGAGAAGCAAGCGUUCCAACGUCGCUCCCUCCCCUUGUUGUGUCCCUACCAAACUGGAACCUCUCAGUAUGAUGUACGCGGAGGAUGGCGAAGUCGUUGUACGUCAUCACGAAGACAUGAUCGCCACUGAAUGUGGCUGUCGGUGA